GGAUGUAAAAUAAUAAUUAUUAUUAAGCCAAAAGGCAUAUUUGAAAUUGCCAUUACUUGUUGCAGGCAUUUCAUUAUAUAAAUAUUCUGAUGAAAUUGUGCAUGUAUGCAAAUAAAGUUAACGUUUUUUGCAAGUCGAUUGAAUCCUGAAUCACGAGCAAAAUAUAACAAUAGUGAAAUAAAUUAAAUAAUAUAACUUUGUAGGAAGAAUUCAGCUUUGGACGCUGAGCGAGUAAACUUUUGCAUUAUUAUAUUAAUCAUUACGUUUUUCCAAAAACCGUCGCCAAUUCUCAGAGAUAAACAGGAAGAUCAUCGUUAGGCAUUUGAAGUUUGAUUCACAUUUCAGGAGCCUGCUCUUGUACUUAAGCAAAUAAUAAAUACAAUGUAUUGUAUUCUUAAGACAAUAUACAGGAUAGCAGGAUACGGAAUAUCAUGCAACGUAAUGUGGCAUCAUCAUGAUAGUCUCGCCAACGGUAUAGCGAUCCCCGAAAGCUACAGAAAUUCCUGCGGCGAGGUAGCUUGGACCUGCCGAAUCGGAGACCACCGGUCUCGGUGAGCUGCAUCCUCCCUUUCGCUGCUGCCAGGUGCAGCAGCGACAACAAGUCAUCGCGUUUGAGCACCGCUGCGGAUAAAACACAGGUAAUAUACCUGCCCGAGGCUACAAGCCCGUCCCCACCUGGGGUCCGGUUCUCUCUCCUUGCUCUCUCGGCCGGCUCUCGGCCUGGCUUUCCUUCGAGGCGAGCCGGGACUCGACGGGCCGUUAGUGUCGUCGCCGUUGCGGGAGAAUGUUGGUGUAACGUGUAUCGCGGCAGAGCACGCAUCCUGAAGGACGUCGAGGCACACACACGCGGGCCACACCGUCGUCCAUACUACCCCGAGGGAUCGCCCAUUCGUCCCUCUUGACCCUGGUCAUUCCCGGUCUUGGUUCCGCGGGAUCGAAAACGCCGCAAGAGUUCUUGUUACAAAAGCCACCCGUCCAAGUCCAAGUCCGCAGCACACGGUCCGGUUCUCUCUCUUCUUCUUCUUUCUCGAAACCGCGGCACGCUUCGCAGCAUUUUCCUUCCCUCCUCGUGCGCGGAUGCCCACGUAGUCGGCGGUGAUAUAGUGCGAGGUGAAGCUAACGGAAGACGAGGCGGACGCUGCGAACGGCUUGACGACCAUCCGCAAAGAAGAGAAGACUCUACGCACCAAGUGCUCGAGAUGCCGUGUUCCGCAGUGACGCUGUCCCUCGCGACCAUAACUGGUAUCAUCGCCACUGCCCUCCUGGCGAUCGCCUUCUCCACGGACAACUGGCUCUACACGGAAGUCAAGCGUGCUCAAAUCCAGCAAUAUGCGAGCAAGCAUGGCGAGCAGAGCCACUUGGUGGAGCAGAUGAAUACAAAAUACUAUUACUACACGAGGACUCAAGGCUUGUUCAGGAUAUGCUAUCCCAAGGAAAGACCACCGACAGUUGAGACUUAUUUGAGCCCCGUAGAGACGCACUGCAUGAAUAUCGAUUAUUUCAUCCCCGAUGAAGAAAACCAAACAAGAGGCUUCUCUGACGAUGCGAUGGCACGAUUACAUAUGGGUAGAUCCGUGAUAGCGCUGUUCAUGGUCGGCUUUCUCGCAAUAUUCUCGGCGUUCUGGACUGGAGUAGUGGGCUGCUGGAGAAGAUCACCAGGAAACAUUACUGCCACAGCGAUUCUGAUGCUAUUCGCCUGCCUAUUGAGUGCUGGCGGUAUGGGCUUGUGGCAUGGUGUCGAGUAUUACGAGAAAGAGAAAAUCGUUGGAGAAGAAUAUUACCAACAAUGGAGCAACGUUUUAAGGGACAACGCGGCGCAAUGGUACGACUGGUCGUUUUACCUGGCCUGGCUGGGGGUGGCUACGUGUCUGGGCACGAUGACGCUAUUCCUGAUCGCGGCGUCCUGCCUGAGACGGGAGCGCGCCCGCGAGCAGGCCCAGAACGUUCAGUACAUCAUGCCAGUGUACCCGCAGAAGCAACAGUACGCAUAUGCCGGAUAUCCGGCACCGGCAGCGUAUCCGGGGCCAUAUUAUCACGGCUCCCAGUAUGGGCCCUAUAACUACUGAGGGAAUUCGGCUGAUCGGCAUCGGAGGAAAGGAAGUGCUGUACCUAUCGACAGCAUCGAAAAUUUGUUAUCACUUAGCAGAAUAAGGACCAAAAAUUAUUCGACAGAAAAUCCGUGAGGGACUUACCGGCCGCGUGAUCGAGCCAUGAUCGCACCCCUGCGAGGGAUCUUAUCGAUAUUCAAAGCGAUCGCGGGACGGGUCUCAGAAGCGUGAUUUAUAGUUUAAUAAAAUCCGUAGCUCAUCUCGAGCAUCGCUCGACACGAGGCUCAUCACGGUCCCCACGAAAGCAAGCCUUCUUUCCCGCGAUAGACCGAUCGUUUGAUUCCAUCCGACCGGAAGCAAGGAUCCGAGCAACGCGAGAAUCAUAAAGACAUUCGACAUAAAGAGAAGGAGAGCGAGAGAGAAGUCCAAAGAAAAUCUGAAAAUCAGAGAACAUUUCAACUACGUCUUUUGGACGUUCGCGUUGUCCGGGAGGCUCAACUUGCGCAAGGCGGUUGCUCAAAAUGUGCGUACUUAUGCUUAGGAGCGAAAUCAUUUUGUACUUUUUUUCGAUAAGUAUGACAACUCAUCUCAACUCACCCUCAUUGUUUUCCACGCGCGCGCACGCUGAUCGCGGGGGCGCAAAUUCACCUGCGAAUCUAUCGCGCAUCUAUCAUUUUCAUCGAACUCCGAUGAUCGAUUUCACCGAGCUUUCUCGGAUCAACCGUUAACGAACGUUAAAUCGGCAAUCCAUUUAUUACGGUAGAAAAUGCCGCGAUUUAACGGGCGUUACCCACCGCGAGGAAACUUGGUAAAAAGCAGUCUCGCAAUUGAAUCCUGAUCGGCCAUGCCGAUCCACAGCCGGGAGAUCGAAGCUUGGCUCGCGUCGACGCCGCGUUUGCCUUUAUUUAUUUAACGCGAUCGAAGUCUCUCUCCGUUUCUCUCCACGAGAGAACGGCCGUCGUCGAGUCGCGCGAGCGAAGCGGGAAAAGCGACGCGAAUACGGCAUCACGCUCGUGAACGCGCUCUCACCUUGUAGUACCAAAUAUUAAAUAAAUAUCUCAAUCAGAAGGAAGGUCAAGAAAGCUGAAAUCUAAUGAUUUUAACUUUCUUCUAGCGAGGACAUUCGCGUCGCGAGUUUAGUUUGACUUUUCCGAGUCCAGUAGAAUGAUAGAUCUCAAAUGAAGCUACCAAAAUAGGAUAAGGGUCGAUAUAGAUGGAAAUACUACGAGUUUUCUCCUAAUCGUCCUAUAUUAAUUGCUUUUCAAUGGGGAUCUGUCAUUUUAUCUAUUCCUAUCCUAAUCUAUUCCAGUUGAAACGUUAAAACAUUAGCCGUUACUUAAAUGAAAAACCCAACUCGGAAAGGUUAAAGCCACUUUCUCGAGCGUACGCGAUACUGAUAAUGUAAUGUAAGCGUUUAUAUAAUAUGUGGUGCUGCUAGGAUCGUUAUGCGAUAACGAUUCGCGAAGUUCGUCUAAUACGUAGCUCUUUUGAUAAUGUCGAUCUGUAAGAUUCAUUACACCUCUAUGUAAGACAUUUAAUAAGUAAAGAGAAAGUAUUUUACACACAAUUAGUUUAUAUAUACAUAAUAUUUUUCAGUAAAUAACCUGAAUCGGAAUUAUUCUCUCCUAAGUGCGUCUUCCAUUUCUAAUGCGCGAGGUGAAGUCGUUUCAUCUCGAUUCUCUCUUCUAACUUAACUUUGGUUGGCUCAUUCUGAGCAAACACGAAAAGCAAUACUUUGUAAAAGAGUAAAUUCUUACGAAUAAUUAUAUAUGUAUACUGCAAAAGUAUGAGGAAUUAAUGUUAGUUAGUAUAUUACGUGAUGAAAUUAAGUAAGAUUUGCGAAGAGUGAGUGUAUAAGAUGUAUAAGACGAGUAAGACAAUAAGUUGGGUAGAUUAAAAACGCCGAAAAUUUAUAAGAUCUUAGAUGUUAAAUAAUAGACCGAAUAACACAGAGUAUAUACAUAUAA